AUGAAGUGCCUUCUCCUGUUCCUCGGUCUCUUCGCUGUUUCCGCUUGGGCCACCAAGUCGAUACCCGACGAAUUUUUGGGAAAAUGGGCGCAUGAGAAGGACGAAAAUUUCGACGAGUUCCUACAGAAGAAGGGCGUAGGCUGGCUUACCCGCAAAUUGAUCCUCUUCUCCAGCGUCACCAAGGUGUUCGCCAAGGACAAGAAAUCGAACGGCUACGUCAUGGAGAGCUUGACCUCAAAGAAAAACGUCAAGUACGAGGGUGUGCAGCUGGGCAAGGAGUUCACCGCCGCGGGCAUGGACAGCACCAAGCAUAAGAUUACCUUUGAUUUCGCUGACGGCAAAUUGACUGAAAAACAUAUCCGGUUCGAAAGUGAGGGCCAACCGGAAGAGACUUAUGCAUAUUAUGUCAAGGAUGGCAAGCUGAUCAUGGAGAUGACAAAUGGGGACCUCGUCGCCAAGCGGUACUUCAAGAAAGCC